AUGUUAUUUCCCAUACAAGGUGGCUCAACACAAAAAUCACCCGAAGAUGAAUCUGAGGGUGAUGGAGUCCAUGUUGAUAGUGGAGAAUUCCCCAAUUAUAGCCUAAUAGGUAGAAAUGAUGCUGAGAAUCCGCUUUUUGUAUCUGGACACUAUUCUAACGAUGCAACCGUUAAUCAGGACGAGUCAGUACCGUUAAAUAAUACUCACAAGUGGUUAUAUUCUGAGAUUGGUGAUGACUUACUUUCAUCUCAUAUAAUGUCGGUAAUGGAAAAAUAUCGUUCAAAAUUAACGUCAAAAUACGAUCUUGUGCACAGCUUUAUUUUAGAUCUCACUCCAUUUAAUACUACAUAUUACGAAGAAAUUGGUUCAUCUAUUCGAGCCUCUUAUGAGAAAUUAAGGAGCAAGCAACCCAAGCUUCACGAAUCCCAAGACUGGAAGAAGAUCCUGUAUUGGGUUGAACGUGCUGUCGGGGCAUUAGAAAUUUGGUGUGCAAGUAGAGAUUCAUCAAAUCUUUUUACUAUCGGAAUUCAGCUAUACAUGACAGAGAUUCGAAUAUACAUGAUGGAAAAACGUGGUAUAUAUCGACUUCAUCUCCUGAAGUCGUUUAAACAUCAUCUAUUAUGUUCAUCUUAUGAAAAACUACUUAUUGCACUUUCUUGGGCAUGGAAUAUAAAGGGCAUUUUUGUCCAGGGACUUGUGAAAGAACUUUCGCUAAAAUCGGAUGAUAGUGCGAUUGUUUCCGCUAAAACUCCUAAACGAAGUCCACCAAACGAAAUGAAAACCAUAAAAACAUCAUAG